AGCUGCGUGACAUUUCGUGGCAUGCUGAUGUGGUUCUCACGACAGUUUGGUGUUAUGAAGCAGUGUGCUGCAACGUGUUUGUUGAUGGCGAUGUUGUCGCUUUGGACGUGUGAGCCAACUUUUGCCAUGACGCGUCCAAACAUCGUGCUUCUUGUUGUCGACGACUUGGGCUGGAAUGACGUCAGCUUGCACGAGUCUACACAAAUAAAGACACCCAACCUUGAUGUGAUGGCCAGUGACGGCGUCAUACUGAACAACUACUACGUCACUCCUCUUUGCACUCCUUCAAGGGCAGCUCUCCUGACGGGGAAGUACCCGAUUCGCUUAGGCCUUCAGCACGAUGAAAUACGGGCAGCAGAGCCGUUCGGACUCCCACUGGAAUUCAAGCUGCUACCACAGUACCUGAAGGAACUGGGCUAUGAAACACAUGCUGUGGGAAAGUGGCACCUUGGACACAUGACUGCUAAUUACACACCAACGUACCGGGGCUUUGAUAGCCACUACGGCCCUUACACGGAUCACCAAGAUUACUCGGACCAUACCUCGUUCUCGAUGUUCAGCACGGACAAUGACACAUGGACAGGAUGGGGCCUCGACAUGUGGGACAACCUGAAUCCGGACCAGGAGUCCUCCGGGAAAUACGCUACCAGCCUUUUCACGGAAAAGGCUAUCGAAGUGCUCAAGAAGAGAAACCAAAACCGGCCCAUAUUCCUGUACUUGUGCUACUCUGCCGUGCACGUCGGAAAUUCUUACUCUCUGCUCGAAGCUCCCGAAGAAGACCUGCGCAAGCACAGUCACAUUAUGAAUCUGAAGCGGAGGUCUUACGCAGCCAUGGUGUCAGCCCUGGACGACAGCAUCGGCGAGAUAAUGAAGGCGCUGCUCUUCACCAACGCCAUCAAGGACACCAUCCUGGUGGUGACCACGGACAACGGAGCCGCCGCCGGAGGCGUCGACGGCAGCGCGGGCUCCAACUGGCCCCUGCGUGGCACCAAGGGCACGCUCUGGGAAGGAGGCAUUCGGGCAGUCGGCUUCGUCUGGAGCACCUUCAUCAAGAGGCCGCACGUGGCGCACCAACUGAUGCACAUCACCGAUUGGCUGCCAACGCUGUACGCCGCCGCCGGAGGCAAAGUGGACGACCUCGGGGAGAUCGACGGCCACAACAUGUGGGACACGCUGAUAGCGGACAACGUGUCGCCACGAAGCGAGAUCUUGAUCAACAUAGACCCGGUGUGGAACACGUCGGCCUUCCGAUACCACGGCUACAAGCUGGUCCAGGGCUCGUUGGCCAGGGGACGCUACGACGGAUGGUACAGACCCACAGAACCAGGAGGACAGCCAGUCAACAUGAACCGAAUACGCUCUCAGUUCUUCCACGCUGCGACGCCAUUCAACGCCAAGUGUGCGGCGGCGCGCACCAUUCGAGCGAUGGGUCGGCCGAUGCCGACACAGCGUCCGGACGAGCUGUUCGUCGUUUGCGGCCACAACAACGGCACGUCGUGCUAUCCCAUGUGGCAGCCGUGCCUGUUCAACAUCGACUCUGAUCCCUGCGAGCGCGACAACAUCGCCAAAGAGCACCCAGACAUCGUGGAUUUCCUGCAGUUGAGAAUGAAGCAGUACAGGAAGAAGAUGGUUCCUCCCCUCAACCAGCCGGCCACCCGAAAGGCUGACCCAAGAAAUUUCAAUUACACGUGGGCUCCGUUUAUGUAA